CAGCUCUGCAGUAUUCAGUAGGAGUCCGAGUGUGGAGUUGGUUUAUCAUGGCCGCCUGACCGAGUCCAAAUCACAUCGUACUCUUUUUCCUCUUUCCCUCUGGCUUUUUCUCAAUUGAGGGAUCGCGAAACUCUAAAACCCUGCAGAUUUUUUCAUAUUUAAUUUUACUUCUUAAAGGAUUUACCAUUCAUGUCAAUGCUCAAAUAUGCAGCCUCCACCAAGAAAGGUAAAAGUAACCCAGGAGCUGAAGAACACUCACGCUGAGCAGAUGACCAGACUCCACAUCAAGCACCAGACAGAAUGUGACUUACUGGAAGACAUGAGGACGUACAGUCAGAAGAAGGCUGCCAUAGAGAAGGACUGUGCACAGGCCCUGCAGAAGCUGGCAAGUCAGUACUUAAAGAGGGAUUGGCCGGGCAUCGGCGCAGAUGAACGAACUGACUACAGGAAUGUCUACGCUGUGUGGAAGGCCUACCUGGAGGGCACUGUGCAGGUGACCCAGUCUCGCAUCAACGUCUGUGAAAACUACAAGAAUGAGGUUUCGGACCCUGCCAAGACCGUCAAGCUCUACAAGGAGCAGCAGCUGAAGAAGUGUAUCGACCAGCUGACCCGGAUCCAGACAGAGCUGCAGGACACGGUGAAGGAUCUGGCCAAGUCCAAGAAGAAGUACCUGGAGAUGGAGCAGAUGGCCCAGGCUGUGAGAGAGAAGGCCGAUAUCGAGUCCAAGUCCAAGCUGAGUCUGUUCCAGUCCAGGAUAAGUUUACAGAAAGCUAGCGUCAAGUUAAAAGCCAAGAGGAACGACUGCAACGCGAAAGCCACCCACGCCCGAAACGACUACCUUCUCACGCUAGCCGCAGCCAACGCACACCACGACCGGUACUAUCAGACCGACCUGAUCAGCUGUAUCAAGGCCCUGGAUGGAAGCAUCUACGAUCAUGUUAAGGAUUAUUUGAUAUCGCUGUGCCGGACAGAACUGGAGGCGUUCCAGGCAAUCCACAACACAUUCCAGUUCCUCCUGGAGAAGUCCAGCAGGGUGAUGCAGGACUUUAAUCAGCAGCUUUUCAUGCAGGAGAAUCCUGUCUUUCACAAAGCACAGACCUUUCAGUUCCAGCCCAGCGACAGUGACACGAGCUUAUGCGGCAUCCAGCAACUGGUGGACAUCGAGCCGUCGGCCGUCAGUGCCAUGAGAAUGACCUUGGCGCAGAGCGGGAAGCUGGAGUCUGAGACAGGAACCACAGAGGAGCACAGCCUGAACAAAGAGGCCCGCAAGUGGGCGACCCGCAUAGCCAGAGAGCACAAGAACAUCAUCCACAACCAGAGGACUCUGGAAGAGUGCGAGGCUCACGGGGUCCUGCCUUCAGAGCAGAGUCGCAAUGAGCUGGAGCUGAAGAUCGAGGAGGCGAGGGAGAACAUCCGAAAAGCUGAGACGGUUAAGCUGAAGGCGGAGGCGCGGCUGGACCUGCUGAGACAGGUGGGCGUGUCCGUGGAUACCUGGCUGAAGAGCGCCAUGAACCAGGUGAUGGAGGAGCUGGAGAAUGAGCGCUGGGCCACCCUUCCCUCCCUGACUACCCACGAUCCUUCACUCUCGGCCACGGCUGAUUUCGAGAGGGAGGAAGGCGAGGAGUUCGAAGACAACAUGGAGGUGUUCGAUGACAGCAGCUCCAGCCCAUCUGGCACCCUCCGCAACUACCCCCUCACCUGCAAGGUGCUCUACUCCUAUAAGGCUUCCCAGCCAGAUGAGCUGACCAUCGAGGAGCAGGAAGUGCUGGAGGUGAUCGAGGACGGGGACAUGGAGGACUGGGUGAAGGCGCGGAACAAGGCGGGGCACGUGGGCUACGUUCCUGAGAAGUACCUGCAGUUCCCCACCUCCAACAGCCUCCUCAGCAUGCUGCAGUCCCUGGCGGCCCUCGACGCUCGAUCCCACAGCUCCAGCAACUCCACCGAGCCUGAGCUGGCCUCAGGCAGCAUGAACGGAGACGCCAACUUGAGCUUUGUGAAGGCCAUGUAUGACUAUGAGGGCCAGACGGAUGACGAGCUGUCCUUCCCUGAGGGAGCCAUAAUCCGCAUCCUCAACAAGGACAACCAGGAGGACGACGGCUUCUGGGAGGGCGAGUUCAACGGCCGCGUGGGCGUCUUCCCUUCUGUCCUGGUGGAGGACCUGACUGCCUCAGAAAACGGAGACGCGCAGUGGUGCCCUGACGCACAGGUGUCCCCGUCCCAGCAGCUGCACCCCUCCCUGCCCCCGCUGCCCCUGUACGACCAGCCCCCCUGCAGCCCCUACACCACCCCGGAGGGCGGCACCGCACCCCCGUUCCCCCGCUCGCCCUCCGUCAACGGCGACCACAAGCUGACGCCCACGUCGCAUAAGGGUCCCUCCCACAAUCACAGCAGCAGUUUGGGCCCGGAUUCUGCAGGUUUCUCCCAGCCCCCGAGGUUCACCCCUGAUGGCGGACCUGGGAAGCUACGCCCUGUGCGUGCGGCUCCACCUCCCCCGAAACAGCAUCCCCGCAGGCAGGUGGAGAAGACGGAGGAGGUGGAGAUUACUCUGGUGUGAGAGCUCUGCCCAGGCAGCUCAUCGCUUGGAACUGGACCUGGGCCCCAUCUCGUCGCUCCUCACUGCAGGGCGAGCAGGAGGCGCGCGGGGGGGUCUCACACCACUGGCAACCCCUCCCCCCGCUGAGCCCUCCUCCUUUAGCAGCAGCGGGGGCGCUGUGCACCCCUCCCCUCACCGGCAGAGUGGAGCGAAGGGAGAACAGACACUCCUCAGAGCCACAAACGGCUGGUGCCUUUCUUGCACAUCUUUAUUCAGUGGACUUGUGAGGUGUAAAGACUUCAGUCUGAGGAAGAAGGGGAACAAGGGAGUGGGGUGGGGGAGGGGGGGGCUAUAUCUAGGAAAUUCUGGGGUUCCCUAGGCCCGGCUAUAUGUAGUCAUAUCAUACGUAUUUAAUGUGCAUUAGUACAGUACAUUACUGUUGUCAUAGGAAUGUUAUAAAUACACGCAACAUUUCAUCAUUUAGCAUUACAAAGUCGAUGCCGUGUGUGGUAUGGGGUAGAUGGUAUUGACACCUCUAGGCAAAGGGAAUUGUAUAAUGAGGCAAGGUAAGAGGGCGGAGGCUGGUUCCUCCCACGGACGUCCCCUUCCCCUGACCCCUGCAGGACAUAAACGUCGCUCUUUAUCUCAUAGAUAAGGAAAAUGUGGCAAUUUGAAACGAUACUAAUUACACAAAUGUAACUCUUUUCAGCUUUUAUUAUGAAGACAGGGAUCUGUAUUACUAAUAUUUAGUCCUCAAAAGGAAAAAAAAUGCAAUACAGAUUAGAUGAUGUGCGUUUCUGAAGUGUGAUCGGCAAACGUCAGGUUAAUCUUUUGUGUAGCCCUGCGGUAUUCCUCACUUUCUGUAUCAUUGCCUGACUUUAUUGUUUAUAUAUGCGAAUCAAUAUCUGAACCAGUAGUUGAAGUGCAUUAUUUUUACAUUAAUAUCUAUCGUGUAACACUGUUGAAGACUGAAUGGGAUGUUUUUGUGAUUCAAGAAACAGUAUUUAACAAAUUGGAAAACUGAGGGCAAUGUCGACUCGCAGAUUUUUUUCUGACUGGAAAAAGGUGAAAAUGGGAAAGGGAGUGUUUGGUCUCAUAGGAAACCAUGUUAUCGCGGUUGUGAAUAUGAAAGGUGCAGAAUAUGAAAAUGUCCCCUUUUUGUGUUGUUACUUCUCCCUCCUUGCGGGGCAGCCGUUUCUUUCACACUUCAAACACCUGUUUUGUUGAUUUUCCUUUGUUUCUGUUUGCUUUUGUUUUUUUUUCCUCCUUGCCGAAGUUGAGCUUUCUUGCUUUCUCACAUUGUGGAAAAGGAGCGUUUCUCAAAGGUGAAUGUGACAUGUGACUUCGUAGCUUUUGAUUGGCACAACACCAGGUCCCAUUAAAGAGCAGAGAGCAGCCUUUGUCAAAAGCUGGAGGUCGCGACAGAAUAACCAUAGACUUGGCUAAUAUUUGUGCUAUUGCAGCACAGUACAGAACAUGCACCCCUAAAAGAUCAUUAUUACGAGAUUUUCAAAAAUGUGUUUCUCCAAACAUUGUCCAAGCUGACUGUUGAAAAGAUCAUUUCCAGAGUUGACAUUUUAAUAAAUGCAAAACCGUUCAGCAGAAUCGAGACUUCACUGAUUGGCACUUGGAGCUGGUGUUCCAGAGGCACGUAUGUAUAGGAUAGAAUUUUUAAGUGACACUGUAGCUUGUUUUCAGGAAGAAGCAUCCAGCACAAUUUUAGUUCACUGCCUUUUUUAAAAAUCUGUAAUUACAGGUGUUGAAGGAGGAACAAAGUUGAUUUGAUGCCCAAAACAUACUUGUCCUGAAUGAGUUUAGCUAUGUACUGAACCAAUAUUGUAAAAAUAUUGUAUAAUAGCAUCCAUUUAUUUGGGCUUAGCAAGUGUCCGUGCACAGUAUAUACAGAUUGUAAUUCUCAGCUGUUGUGUGUGUGUGCGAUUUAUAUAUAUAUAUAUAUAUAUAUAUAUCUCUUUACUGUGAACAAGGAAGUCCAGUAUAACUUUUAAAGACAUUCAGACUUUGACAAUGUUAAAACAAAAUUUCCAUAGCUGAGUUUGACCUCUUGCAUCCUGCGUGUAAGCAAAUCUAUCAACCCAUUGAAAUGAAAGAUAUACCAGCACUUUUUUCUUCUUUUUUCACUGUUUAAAACCAGCAGUAUUGCUCUUGUACGGUUGCCCCCUCACUGGUGUGUUGCCACUUGAACUCUUUGUUCUGAGGUCAGUGCGUUUUUCCCAUGUACUUUUCGUGGUUCUACGGACCAGAUCUGCUUUUGACUGAUUUACUCCUGAAACUAACCAAGAGGGCGACUGUCCUUUCUGGAGGGUGUGAUGUUUUUGCGUGGUAUUAUCAAAAAUUAACUGAUUGUUGGGAAUGAGAAAAUAAAAUGAAAACGGUUAAAAUGUUGUGGAGAGAAUGUGGAUUUCAACAUGAAAUAAAUCAGUCUAGAUUUUGAAAGUAGUUGAUCAGAGGGGAAGAUAUAUAAAUAUCUGUGCUCUGUCUGUUUUCUCUCUCUCUUCUUGUUGAUCUCAUUGAGAUCUUUUUAAUGUUAUCAAACUUGUUUUGAAGUUUAUGGUUUACAGCUGUCCCAUCAUUUAAGAAAGCUGUUCUCACCCACAAAUCACAUUUUUCUUAGUAAUCUCUCUGGCCAGUUCAUACUCUUACUCCCUCAAAACUACAGCCACACAUGCUUAUUGAUUACUUUGGUGUUUUGCAUAUUUGAUUUGAAGAUGUUUAAGAGCUGCUAUAAGAUCCAUUACAACAACAGGCCUUUCCUUCAGACUGUUGCCGCGGUGACAAUAUCAGAGAGCAGUAGUGCAAAAUUCUGUCUGCAUUUUAUUGGCUGUAAAAAAAAGUUUGUAUUUAUUGUGUACAAAUGUUAAAUAAAAAACAAAUGGAAAAAAA